CAGCUCCGGGUUUUUCGGCGGCCUCAGCCUGAGUCUGGCAGCAGCGCUGCGUGAAGCGGUGGGAACAGAAACACUAUGGCUGCCGCUCUGUCUCUUACUCAGCUCUCCAGUGGAAAUCCCAUCUAUGACAAAUACUAUCGACAGGUUGAUCCGACUGGCAGCGGGCGGGUGGCGGCGGCCGAUGCAGCCCUGUUCCUGAAGAGGUCAGGGUUGGCUGACCUGGUCCUGGGGAAGAUCUGGGAUUUGGCAGACUCUGAGCGAAAGGGUUCCCUCAACAAACAGCAAUUCUUCAUAGCGUUGCGGUUGGUGGCUUGCGCUCAAAAUGGCCUGGAGGUGGCGCUCAAGAGUCUUAACGUGGCCGUUCCUCCCCCGAAAUUUCAUGACACAAGCAGCCCGCUGUUAGCAGGAGGAGGAGGCGUCGACAUCCCCUGGGUCGUCAAGCCUGAGGAGAAGAUGAAGUUCGACUCCAUCUUUGACAGUCUGGGUCCAGUCGGAGGGAUGCUGUCAGGAGAGAAGGUCAAGCCCGUCCUGCUAAACUCCAAAUUGCCGGUGGACAUCCUGGGCAGGGUGUGGGAGCUCAGUGACCUCGACAGAGACGGCAUGUUGGACAAAGAUGAGUUUUCUGUGGCCAUGUAUCUGGUGUACAGAGCUCUGGAGGGCGAGCCUGUCCCCAUGUCCCUACCGCCUCCCCUGGUUCCACCCUCUAAGAGGAAAAAACCCGCCGUGCCUCCCGUGAUGCCCCUGUUACCCUCGCCCCCCUCCGUCAAAGACAGUCGCUCCUCCCACGCCGGCUCCAAGACCAUUCCCCCUCCUCCUAAACCCGCUCCAGCUCCUGCCCCUACACCCGCCGCUGCCCCUUGGGUAGUUUCACCAGCAGACAAAACCAAAUAUGACGAGUUGUUCAGCAAGACGGAUGGCGACAUGGACGGUUUGGUGUCUGGACCUGAAGUCAGAGAUAUUUUCCUCAAGACCGGGCUGCCGUCUGCGACGCUCGCACGUAUUUGGGAGCUGUGUGACAUCGGAGAUAUCGGAAAACUGACCCGAGAACAGUUUGCUCUGGCGCUUCAUCUAAUCAAUCUGAAGCUGACCAAAGGCCUGGACCCUCCGCAGAGUCUCUCCCCGGAGAUGAUUCCUCCCUCGGACAGACAGAACAUCAAACAGAAUAAUGCAGUAAACCUGGCAGCUGACUUCUCUGCAAUUAAGGAGCUGGACUCUCUCAGUAACGAGAUUGUUGAGCUACAAAGAGAGAAGAGCUCCGUGGAGGAGGAGAUCAAGGAGAAGGAGGAGGCCAUCCGAGAGCGCAGCUGUGAAGUGCAGGACCUUCAGGAUGACGUGGCCAAAGAGAGCGGGGAGCUGCAGCGACUCCAGUCUCAGCGUCAGAAGGUUCAGGAGGCUUUGGAGGAGCUGGACCAGCAGAAGGGCUCCCUGGAGGAGCAGCUCACCCACAUCCGCCAGCAGACCAGCCAAGAAACUCAGCUUAUCUCGUCUCUGCAGUCGGAGCACGAGGACCAGGAGCAGAGGAUAUGUCAGUAUGAGGAGGAGCUGGUCCAGGCCCGAGAGGAGCUGCUGGCUCUGCAGGAGGAGAGCAGGAGGCUGCAGGAGAAAGUCCAGGCGGCUCAGGAGCAGCUCACUCCUCUGCAGGAGUCUGUGCGAGACUCCUUCACACAAGUUGCACAGGUUCAACAGAAACUAAAUGACCUUCAGGUGGAGGAGAGGUCGGUGACGGCUCAGCUCAGCUGGAAGAGAGCCCUGGAGGACAGUUCCCCCGUUAUGGUUAACGGAUCGGUGGGCCCCACUGCAGAGCUGCACCAGGUUGACCUCUUCCACCAGGACCUGUUCCAGGACAACCAGCCGAAUGAGCUGAAGGAGGAAGAAGCAGCUGCAGUCUGCAGUCUGCAGAAAGAACAUUCAGAUCAGAAAGAGAAAGAAGGAGGCAAUGAGAAAGAAGAUGAAGAGGAGAAGGAGGAAGAAAGUCCAAAGACUCCAGAGGAGGAGAAGCUGAAACCUGAUGCCUUGGAUGAUCUCUACACCAGUCUGGCCUCCACCGAUUUGUACAACAGUCUGUCGACACUUGGCAAGCCGCGGGAGAACGCUGUGAGGGAACAGAACAGUCCUGCACCCAUCGUCUCCAGUGAGACCACAGAUGAUGCAGAAGAAUCGCCAGACAGUCCACUGAAGGUUGCAUCACCAGAGCCAGAGAACAAAGACGAGCCGACGGAUUUGACAGAAACACCGGCUUCGUUACCGCCUCAGGUCGGCCCUCGAUCGAUGCCGCCGCAGACCAGCCCCCCAUCCCUCCCUGAGAUGGACUUCUUCCAUUCAGACCCUUUUACUGACCAUGAUCCAUUCAAGGAUGAUCCUUUUGGAAAAACAGAUACUGCAGAUCCAUUUGGGGGAGAUCCAUUCAAAGGCAGUGACCCGUUCGCUGCAGACUCUUUCUUCACUCAGCCCUCCGGCACCACCUUUUCCUCUGAGGACCCGUUCGCUGCUUCAGCUGAUCCCUUCGGUACCACUGCUGGCGUGCCAGAACCCGACCUGUUUGCAGCCAAGCUGAACGACUCUGCAGCUGCACCGGCGGCAGGUCCCGAUCCCUUCACCUCCAAACCCACCAACCCGACUUCCAAGGACCCGUUCAGCUCCACGGCCAACAACGUGGCAGAUUCCGACCCGUUCGGAGGGAAGGCGAACGCCGUGGGGGAGGCGGAUCCGUUUGGUUCUCAGGACGGAGGGUCGGAUCCGUUCAGCUGCUCUUCACCAAGCUCUGAUCUGGCAGUGAAGGACAUUGCAGCGACCAAUGACCCCUUUGCUCCAGGUGGUACGACAGUGAACGCCACUUCAGAUGCAGAUCCGUUUGCUGCUGUGUUUGGAAAUGAAUCGUUUGGAGGCGGCUUUGCAGAUUUCAGUGCCUUGGCAAAGUCAAACGGUGCCGAUCAGUUUGGCAUCAACAACAAGAAUCUGUUCCAGGAGGACAGUCAGAGUUCCAGCUCUGACGUCCCUCCGGCCCUGCCGCCGAAAACGGGUACGCCAACCAGACCCCCUCCUCCACCUCCAGGUAAGAGAUCGUCCAUCUCUAGGACAGAGUCCUCCGACUCCUUCCAGCGACGAGGUCACUUCCUGGGCCAGACCUCAGGCGACUGCUCCUCCUCUUCCUCCUCCUCCUCCCUGCCUGCAAAGGACCCCAUAGCCGACCCCUUCGCCCCGUCCUCCCCUCCUCGCCACAGCGUACGGGAAGCUGACCGAUUUGCCAGCUUUGACAAAUAUCCGACCGAGGAAGACAUGAUCGAGUGGGCAAAGCGCGAGAGCGAGCGAGAAGAAAAGGAGCGACUGGCAAGGCUCACCCAGCAGGAACAAGAAGACCUGGAGCUGGCCAUCGCCCUCAGCAAGUCUGAACUGUCCUGAGGAGCGUCCACGUCCACGUCCACGUCCACGUCCACGUCCAUGUCCAUCCCCUCCCCUCCUCUGGCCCGGCCCGGCUCGGCACGGCACAGCACGGCCCGGCUCUGGCCCAGAACUCACCAAAGCAAAAGUGGGGAUUGUACAGGACUGAUUGACCCCAUGAAGAGACUUCUCUGAACCUUCUUCCCCGGCACUGCAGCAUCACGUUGUUCCAUCCUGUUGGUCUCCUGUUGUGGCCUCCGACCGAGCUGGAGAGUUAGUUUGCUAAAGGACGGAUCGUUGAGACGAAUCGCAGCGAAUGUGGAUUCAGAGAUUUUCAAGUGUUGUUCAGAACCAGGCUACGAACGCCGCAUUAACCCUCAAGAAUGUAAUUUAUUUAAACAUGCACUCAAAUCUAGAUGGAAAACGGCCUUCGUCAAAGGUUCGGUUUUUAUCCGCUAACCAAACUCACUACACUUUAUUAAAAUCUCUCUUCUCUCUCUAGCCUCUACAUUUGGGAGGAUUUAGUACGUGCUAAUUUUGUAGAAAUCCCCAGAAAACUUUCUUCCUGCUCUAAAACAGCCACAGACAGCUGGGAAAAUGUCAGAUUUUGUAGCUUCUGUAACAGAAUUUAGCACCUAUAUAGCUUUAAUAUAGUCCCUUUGAAAUGGAGUGACCAUAUAUUGCAGAGGGCAGAUGAGAUUUAUUAGUUUUUGUAUUUUGUUUUUCAAAACAGGGCGACACGAUUCAACACUUGUACGUGUUUAACUGGAAGUUAUUGGUCCUGUGAGAUGUGAAACGCUUGUGUAGAUUUGUACUAAAACGGAACAACUACCACAUUCAACCUGCUUAGCUUAGCAUCUGUUCUAGUUUUUUUUUUUUUGAGAACAUAGGGAAUGAAAGCUACACAUUGAGUUGCAUUAAAAAAAAUCUAGGGUGCACUACAGUGGUUUAAAUGCAAGUAAAUAAUUUUUGAGAUUCAAACAUUGUCUUAAGCCCAACAUUUGAUAUCUGAGAGUAGUUAUUAGCUUUAAAUUGGUGUAAAACUUUCACUUUAAUAUCUGAAACAUUUUAUAAAUGUGAUCUGACAAGAAAAAAAUGAUAUUUUUUGUGAAAAUGUAGCUGCAAAACUGGAGAUUUUGGACCUUAACAGGCAAUAAUGGAUUGAAAUAUUUGAAAUGAAUUUUUGUGUCUGAAACCCACUUAAACUCAGUUUCUCUCUUAGGAAAACCUCCUUAAAGUAGGGUUUUUGCUCAAAAGCCCGUCAAAAGCAUUAAUUCUGGAUGGACACAAACCGCACUGAAAGUGAAAAAGAGCAACUUUAUUAACUCAUGUUUAACUGUGCGAUUGUCAUUUCACCACAUUUGGUCACAUUUUUAGUUGGUGCAUGGUGGUGGCAGCAUCGUGAGUCGAAGCAUGGUGGUGGCAGCAUCAUGAUUCAAAGCAUGGUGGUGGCAGCAUCAUGAUUCAAAGCAUGGUGGUGGCAGCAUCAUGAUUCAAAGCAUGGUGGUGGCAGCAUCAUGAGUCGAAGCACGGUGGUGGCAGCAUCAUGAUUCAAAGCAUGGUGGUGGCAGCAUCAUGAUUCGAAGCACGGUGGUGGCAGCAUCAUAAUAUGAAGCAUGGUGGUGGCAGCAUCAUGAUUCGAAGCACGGUGGUGGCAGCAUCAUGAUGUGAAGCAUGGUGGUGGCAGCAUCAUGAUUUGAAGCACGGUGGUGGCAGCAUCAUGAUGUGAAGCACGGUGGUGGCAGCAUCAUGAUGCGAAGCAUGGUGGUGGCAGCAUCAUGAUUUGAAGCACGGUGGUGGCAGCAUCAUGAUUUGAAGCAUGGUGGUGGCAGCAUCAUGAUUUGAAGCAUGGUGGUGGCAGCAUCAUGAUUUGAAGCAUGGUGGUGGCAGCAUCAUAAUUCAAAGCACGGUGGUGGCAGCAUCAUGAUGUGAAGCACGGUGGUGGCAGCAUCAUGAUGUGAAGCACGGUGGUGGCAGCAUUAUGAUGUGAAGCACGGUGCCUCUUUUGUAUGAACUUUCACAUACCGGGAUGUUUUCCAGGAGAGUCACCGGAUUUCCGAGUCUUACACAAAUUCGCCGAAAGUUGUGAAGCUUUUCUGCGUCUGUGGAAUUUACUUGCGAAACGCUCACUCAGCCAGCCAGUGAUUCUUCUCAUUGUGAAGUUACUUAACACUGAACUGUGACAGAAGGUUUCUAAUGAGAGACGAGUGCACGAGGCCUUUUGUUUUCAUUUUCUCUGCUCAUUUCUGACCAAAUAAUGCACAACACUUAGGACAUUGCUCUCUGUUCAGUCUCGAGCCUCGUUCAGAACAAAGGGUUUUCCUCGUUUCAUAUUUAACCAGUUCACCGUCUGUGGUUUAAUGCAGUCUUUCAUAUUGAUGUUUUAUUGUAAAUACAGGAGAACAGGAGUCGCAUGUCUGUUCUCUCAGUCUCGUUACUCUCUAGUUUCGUUAACUCUCAUUCACAGGUCCGCGUUGCUGUCAUUUGUACAGACUCUGCAGAUUUUACAAAUCCAGAACCACUUACGUUUCUAGGCUUACCCCAUAAAGGCAUUUUAAAACUCAAGCUAAUUGUAUUUUAUUUUGUAUUUUCUAACUUGUAAGAAGAAUCAUGAUCAGGAGGUUUGGCCAGAAUAUGUAAUGCAUUUAAUUGAGACAGAAUAAAUAUUAAAAAUGUGUAGUUUUUCA